AUGACUUCUUUGCAAUCCUGGCACCAACUGUUAGCGGGCUUGCGAAAUGGGCCUCAGAGUCUACGGGGUCACUUCUCGUUACCUCAGGGCUAUCAUAUUCUGGAGACUCAUUAUAUAGAUGACUGCCAAUUACUACUCACAAGGUUGCUGAAAAUUCUUGGACCGCCCACGACCGGUUUCGCCUUUCUUGGGGCGCCUCAGGUAGACGCAGUCACCGAGUUUCCAGCAACCUUAUAUUCUACUUGUUUUUCUGACUUCCAAUUACGUUUCAUCUUGGACGACAUCAAACCCAGCAUGUCAUACUCUAGCAAAAGGCUUAAGAAUCUGGUGCGACACCUUUUUGGUACCUGGGUGACAUAUCACCUGAAGGAGGUAUCAGGGCUGAGAUACUGCCAGGCUGCCCAACCCCAGGCGCUCGAGAUGCAGAGAUCGGGUUCGAACUACGAACUUCCGGAGCGCUCGAGUGCAGGGAUCGGGUUCGAACUACGAACUUCCGAAAUCACUCGUGCACGGAUUCCAAGGCGGUCACACACACCCAACAACCCCCCCCCACCGCACACACGUGUCAAUCGAAGUGACACAAAACGCUUUACAUCAAACAGACGGUACUUUAAUUGUCCACUGCGUAUUCCCUGUCCGACCACCUGCUGUUUCGUCAGUUUGAGAAAACCCACAAAGUCGGUCGUGAAAAUGAAAGACACGCAUGGUGCGAAUUUACACGCAGGUUCAUCCAAUGUGGGGACGAUUGACGCGUGUCAGUUUGUCGCCAGAGCCUAUUGCCCAGUCUCUUUGGUUGCACAAAAGCCAGUGGUGAACAGGUCUAUGACAGGCACAUAUCGCCUAGGACUUGGAAAGGCAGAGUUACUCGUUCGACGAGUUAUCGAAGAAUUAGUCCCGUUCGAUCUGCCGACUCAUCCACGGUCAUCUUUCCUUGCGUUGGUCAUUUCCACAUGCAGACAAUUAGAACAUCACCAGCGGUGCAUAUCAUUGGUCGUACUGGAAUUCAAACCUCAGUCACCUGCUGUUCGAGGUGCGCGUGUGUAUCGUUCAGCUGCAGCACCCUUCCGGUGCCUAGCUGCCAUCCCACCCGAAGGAAGCACGAGGGCUGGGAUACUGCCAGGUUGCCCAAGCCUAGACAGGGGAAGUCGAGAGGCAGAGGUUGGGUUCGAACCACGGACCUUCCGGUCAGUAAAUUCGUGCUAUAACCACUUGAGCCAUCUCGCGCGUGUAGCAACACAUAGACGGAAGGUCUUAAGAGCUAUGCAAACCAGUAAUUUACUUUGUGCAUUGCAUAUUCAUUCUCAUACGGCUGGAAAUCGAGUUAAUAUUCCUGAUCCUGUCCAUGGAGAGUGGUACAUACUGGUCUCCCACCGGUUCGCAUCUAGCACGGUAACGCAACCGAUCUCGGAGACGUCGGCAAUAGUUCUGGGAAGAGUUCUCCUUUCUUUAUUCAGAGUGCGCCAUCCACUGGAACCCGGUUAUCAAGAGAUUGGGGAUUAG